AUGUUGAUCACUUACCUCUCGGCUAUCUUCAUCUACGCUCAGUUGGCUCAUAGUUCAUCAAUCAAUCCUCAAACCGCUUCAGAACAUCGCCUUCAACCACGUGAUACUCAGAAUGCCAAUGUCUUAUCUGAAGGCGUCUUGCUCCACAAACGCGCAAAUGAAGUUGCCGACUAUAUUCCUAACAUAAUCAGUGGAUCUGACGAUGGCGAUGACUGGGAAAACCCCGGUAGACCUCGUAGCAAACGAUCAAUUGACAAAAAAAUCGUGACUGAGGAUCCAGGGAAACCCGGUAUUUGGGGUCGUUAUCGAGUCAAACGAGGGAUUAAAACCGAGAUGAUUGGUGGAGAUCAUGAUGGUCUCAUCGGGCGUCGUGAUCGAGUCAAACGAGAAUAUAAACCCGACAUGAUUAGUGGGGAUGUUGAUGGUCAUUGGCGUCGUGUCCGAGUCAAAAGAGCAAUCAGCACCAAUACUAUCAGUGGGAGUGCACAGUGA